UCCACCGAGUGCACACUGACAGAGACAGGAGGAGCAGGGUGUGCUUGCGUGAAUAAGAAAGAGUGGGAGAUCAAGUCUGAGAGGCAAGAGAAGACAGAAAGCAGCGAGACAAAGAGCAAGAGACAUAGCCGACAGUUUGAGUGAUUCUGGUGGACAGUUUAGGGAAGAAAAAGAGAAAAGAGAAGAAUUUAUAAGGACUGAGUCCAUGAGGAGUUGAAGUUGACUGACAGGACAACAAAUUUGUCCACCUGUUUGGCACUGAGGGAUUUUGCUGGAAGAUUGAUCUUUGGAUAUCAAUUUUCAAAGAGGGCUGAUUGGAGAAGACGUUACUUCACUUUGAUAUUUUGCUAAACUGGAAAAAGUAGUGAGGGAAGAAGCCAGCAAGCAAGGCAAGCAAGAGAAAACCAAGAUUUCACUGCAGCUUUUGAGUAAGACUCGAUCAUAUUAUUAUUACAUGAAACACAUUUUGAAAUCAUUAGAAAUCAACUGUUAUUAUUCUGCACAGAAAUUAGACUCUUUUUACAAACUUGUGCAACCAAGAAGAAAGAAACCUAUCAAAAAGAUAGCUUAUUAUCAAAGUUGACUGAAAGUCUUUUCUCAUUUUAAGCUAUUGAACAAACUUCUACAUAACAAUGUACGCAUGUAACCUGAGCUUAAACACACUGCUGUAAUUACAAAGCAAGGUCAGGAAAGAAAUUACAGACAUUUGUAAUUAAGGACCAUCUAUAACAGGAAACCAAAAAAAGGGUGAGGUCUGCGCGAAAAAGACAGAGGAGGCCGCAAGGACACCAACACGGGCAACGGGACAUUAAGAAUCUCACCAGCAACAACAGCUGCUUUAGAGGGACAACAGGCACCAUGGAUUCUCAAGGAGGACAUUACCUCAACAAAGAAGCUGUGCUGUCCCCUUUAGGAAUAGCCCGAAUGUUCCAGCUACUGUUUGGCUGCACCAUAAUGGCCCUUGUGUCCCACAGCGCAGGCUACAGUGCCAAUUAUGGAAUCUUCUGUAUGUUUGUGUGGUGCUUCUGCUUUGCUGUCACACUGGUUGUUUUCACCUUGGACAUUACCCGGCUCCACACUUGUAUGCCGAUUUCCUGGGAUAACUUCACUGUGGCCUUUGCCAUGCUGGCAACACUCAUGUACAUCACUGCCUCUGUGGUCUACCCCGUUUACUUCCUCCAGACAGAGGUUCCCGAUGAGGAGUGGGAAGUCCAAAUAUACCGAAUUGCUGUUACAGUCUGCUCUGCAGUCUGUUGCUUCCCCUACGCAACUGAGGUGUUCUUAACACGAGCCAAACCAGGGGCUGUGGUUGGAUACAUGGCCACUGUGUCUGGUCUGCUCAAGGUGGUCCAAGGUUUUGUGGCCUGCAUCAUUUUUGGGGCCCUGGCUAAUGACAUGGUCGUACUGACGGUUUCUGGUAGGACCUCUGCCCUGCGGUUCCCAUUUGAUCGGUUUGUGGUCAUCUACACCUUCUUUGCUGUGAUCCUCUAUCUCAGUACUACGCUGAUCUGGCCCAUCUUCAGCUUCGACAGGAAGUAUGGCAACACUACUCGUCCCGAGGACUGCCCACGAGGAGAAUGUCCGUGGGAUAGCAAGUUGGUUGUGGCCGUCUUUACUAACGUCAACUUAGUGUUGUAUUUUGUAGAUCUUGUUUACUCCCAGAGGAUUCGCUUUAUCUCUAGUUCUGCUGUCUGAAACCACCACCAACACCCAAGUUCAAGGACAUAUCCAGUUUGUUCUCCAUAUCCAGGUCUAUGUGAAAGACUCAAUGGCUUAAAUCCACCAUUUCACAGUGUUAUGUAGCCAGAGUAUAACACUUUUUUUAAAUUAGCAGUAUUAUCUAGUUUUUAUGUUACAGUAUUCAUCUAGUCCUGAACUUCUUCCUACUGUAGAGAACAUGCACCAUGGAGACAAUCUCAGCAACUCUGUCCACAGACGACUCUGGGAAAUAUAUCCAUCUCUCUAAUACAGGCAUCCAUCUUAUCUGGGACCUAAAGAAGUAUCAGACCAGUGUUAUGUCAUUCAACCUUUCAGAGGCUUGGCAAUUUAUUUAAUACUAUUUAUAUAACAAUAAACAGGGUGGAAAUAUAUAGAUAUGUUUAGUAUCUGUUAGGUCAACAGUUUGCACUGAACAUAGAAUAUGGUUUUGGCUUUCUAGCCACUUCGCUGUAUUUUUUUUCCAGUUUAGAUUAUAUUCCCCACAUAUGUUGAAGUUUAUAAGGUUUUUUUUUUUAUUUACUGAAUGUCAAUUUUUUUUGAAGGCAAAUGUUUGGCAGCAGUAUUAGAUUUGUUAUUUUGUUGAUACAUUACAUGUUGACCACAA